AAUUCUGCAGGAAUGCCUUUUCCCUGCUGAAGCUGCCGACGAUGGCUACCUCGACGUUACCAACCGCUGUUCGAGACGGUUGGUGCCCUGGGAGUGUUCGUUUGGACCCGGGUGAACGUAACAAGUAAUUAUCCUUUCUAGCUAUGUGCUGCGGGAUUCUGGCAAGAACUCCCCUCGCUUGCAAUGGUUGACUGACGGGGAGAAGCGACGGUUGGCCGCGAUCGAUUAGCAGAAUUGUAUUGGAGGCGAUACUUGUACUCUUUGUAUUGCGCAUGCCACGUGAAUAGCAUUAACUUUGCGCUCGACUAAAGGAUUGCUGUCAGCUCGUAGCUGCUGACUCGCUCGCUCGCUACGGAGUGGCAAGCUUGGAAGGCAAGCAUGACCUUCUCGUUCAGGCGCCUGUUGCGUCUGAAUGCGGCGCUAGUCGUGGUGGUGGUGGCAGCUUGCAGCGUUGCCGCUGACAAUGCGCUCGAGGACAAACGCGACCGUGUCAAGGGCUGCAUGACGCGGUAUCGCGAGAAGGGCGAGAAGCGUGUGGCGGAGGAUCCCGAUCUGAGCCCUGGCGAGGGCGGAAACGGCAAGUCCAAGCACGGUCGCCUGGGUGCUUUCCUCCAGAAACCCGAGCGCACCGCCAAGCUGUCCAAACUGCGUGACACCACCAGCAAGUCCCGCAAGUUCGACCAGAUGGACGGCACCUGCAAGUCCAGCAAGGUCGAGACCAAGAAGAGCAAGGCCAAGAACACCUGCCACGGCAAGGGCAAGGGCAAGAACGGUGACGCGGACUGCGGCUUCCUGGCCCUUGGCGGCCCCACCUCAACCCCCUGCUCCGACCUGGACUGUCGCGAGGAUUGUCUGGCGGCCUCCAAGACGGAGGCCGAGACCUCGGCCGUGCGCCGCAUGCUAACCGCGGGUGAUGAUGAUGAGUUUGAGGACGCCGAUGACAUCUCCACCGAGGAGGACGAGACCCUGGACCUUGGCGCUGACCUGUUGGCUGACCGCGAGUGGGAGCGCGUGUGCGACACCGUGGAUGAGGACGUGAGCAGCGGCCGCACGGACAGCUACGUCGACUCCCUCACCGACUCCCCUCCCAGCGUCCGCCGCAGCCGGCGGCGCCUGAGCACAGAGUCCUACAGCCAGCCCAACACCCCCACCUACCUCAAGGACAACGGCGUGAUUACUCUGGACAUUGACUGCACCAAGAACUCGCACGGCCUUUGCCGCAUGGGCCAGGCGCGCUACCCCACCCUGUCGGACCCGCGCCACGCCGAGGUUACCAAGCUCAUUGACGAUAAGGACUUUGAGACCUGGGAUGACAAGGUCAACGACGCGUACUACCAAGACAAGAAGACAUCGACGGAGAUGGGCGCAUACUACACCGAGGUCCUGAUGGGCAUGAGCUACGCCAGCCUGGUGCUGGGCACUGCGGAGACCGUGGCCGGCACCACUGAGGCGUCUUCGGGCGUUGCGAGCCCCUUCUUCGCUGCCCUGGUCCAGUUCAACCCUUGGAAGAUGGCAGCUGGCAUUGUCAAGGGAGCUUUCGAGAUCGCCACUGUGGCCUUCGGCUCCGAGGCCAGCACCACUGGUGUGCACGACGUCGGCUUCAACUCCAUCGAGAUCACCUCUGUGCACGAGAACGCGCGUGUGGCCAUCCACAACCAGCACCAGGCCCUGCUGGCCACCAAGGAGAAGACCGAGGCCACCGCAGAUGCCCUGGUCCAGGUCGCCGCCGACAACACCCAGGUCAUUUUGGACCUGCUGGAUGUGACCAAGCAGUCUCUGAUUGACAAGGAGGAUGAGGAGUCCAAGGCCACGCGCGCGAAGCUGACCACAGAGGUGCUGAACGAGCUUAAGACCAACGUGCGGAAGGCAAUUGCGGACUUGAAGAAGUACUAUGAGGACCGCAUCAGCUCUCUGGAGGACGAGCUGUGCGCAUCCAAGGCCCAGCUGGCGCUGCUGGCAGAGGACCAGAACCAGGAGCGCAAGGUCAUCCUCACCCCCGAGGGCCGCCGCAACAUGUACAACAGCGCGCCCAAGGCCCAGCCGCCCUUCGCCGAGCUUGAGUGCAUCGACCCGCUGGCCUUCUGGGAGGGCUGCAGCGCCCGCAAGCCAGGUUUCCUUGACGUGGAGAAGCUGAUUACGAAGAACAAGCCCAUUGCUUCGUACGUGCAAGCCCAUCUAAUUGCUUCCACCCACAAGUUGAUAUGAAGUAAUUUGUGUGUGUUUGUGUGUAUGUGUGUGUGUGUGUGUGUGUGUGUGUGUGUGUACUGUACAUAGCUAGCUAGCUAGGUGACCGGGCAUGUGCUGUGGUUGCCGUCUGAGCGGCUGCCGCUGCUGGCAGAGGAAGAGCUCCGGACGCAUAUACGAAGAGCGAGGAAGUAGGACCUAGUCGGAUACUCGGAUACGGUAGGUCACGCACUUUCAGUUGUACAUACGUGCGUGACUUACAAGCGCACACAUACACGUUCGGGCGGCUCCAUCGCACACUGCCAUCGUACAUACCCGCGCGCGCCUGUGCUUGAGCGCCCACAUUUAGCGGUUGGGUUUGCUUGACGACCACAGACAAGUGGAGGUGGAAGAGACUUUGGCCGCGAUUGUGCAUCGAAAUGAGGCUUGUUUGUUUCGAGACAAAAAGGUGCUGUGUGAUCCAGAGACACACACCGCGUUGCUACAUCGCAUACAAUACCGUACGGCAUGCCCAAUUUCCGCCGACCCUUUGCACACCUUCUGCUUGACAUUUCAUGUGGCCAUGUAUUAUAUCUGUAUUGUUAACUACUUGC